AUGCUGUCGUCGUUGGCAGGAAUAGCGUAUGUCACCAGGUCUGGGUCGCAAUUGGUGUCCACGAUACCGAUACUAGGGAUCCGGGACUGUGCUGCCUCUCCCAGGGCUGUUUUGCUGUCCAGCGCACUCAGAGUGACCACCAGGUCCGGCUUCAACGUUGAUCUCUCUUCGAAGUCUGUCAGGUCCCGGCCCGUUGGGACGUCGCUCAUGUCCACCUCGAUACGCGGCUUGGCGUUCCGCAAACUGUUGGUGAUCGUUCCCGGAACCCACUUGCUGGCCACGUACAUCCCGUUGCACCGGCCCGCAGCAGCACGCACCGCCCAAAACGACUCCUGCUCGCCUCUGUUGACGAACGCCUUGAACAGACGCUUGAACUUGCGCAUGGCCAAAUCGUCUCUGUUGAGUGUUGGCAUUGGGGUCGAGUUCAAGAGCUCUUCGAACUCGUCUUUGGACAGGUUUUUCAGCUCGUCCAGAACGUUGGAAACGGGCUCUGUUUUCGCGGCAACAGGUUCCUCCGUGGCCACAGACUCCGUCACAGCAGCAGCCUUGACUGCCGUGUUGAGUCGAACCGCCGACGAGGCCAUAAAACGUCUAAUGUACAGACUCAUGUUGUUGGUGGAUUGA